AUGGCAACGUUGGUGGGGGAGUCGUCCGUCAAGGGCGGCCCGGAGGUGGUGCGCAUGACUUUGCUGACCUUUGCGGCGAUUGGAAUCACGUACGCCUGCUCCCCUUUCACCGCACUUCCCCUAUCCUUCGUCCUUGCUCGCAGAUUCACGUGGGGGAUCGAAAUGACGUACUGCACGCCCUAUCUCCUCACCCUCGGUCUCACGAAGAGCAAUACGUCCCUGAUCUGGAUCGCCGGUCCGCUAUCGGGCCUCAUCGUCCAACCCGUCGUCGGCGUCUUGUCGGACGAGCACACGUCCAAAUGGGGCCGGAGGAGGCCGCUGAUGGUGGCGGGCGCCGUCGUCGCCGCCGUCAGUCUCCUCGUCCUCGGAUACACCCGUGAGAUUGUCGGGCUGGUGAUGCGCGGUGACGAGCAAUCAAAGAUGCCGACAAUCGUGCUGGCCGUCCUGGCCAUCUACGUCGUCGACUUCGCCAUCAACGCCGUCAUGUCGUGCGCUCGAAGCCUCAUCGUCGACAUUCUACCGCUCGAAAAGCAGCAGGCGGGUGCAGCUUGGUCGAGUAGAAUGUCUGCCGUCGGCCACAUGGUCGGCUACGCCGCCGGCUCCGUCGACUUGGUCAAGGUUUUCGGCACCACCCUGGGCGAUGCCCAGUUUCAGCAGCUCACCGUCAUCGCCGCCCUCUCCAUCGUCGGGUCCACGGCCGUCACCUGCUUGGCGGUGACGGAAAAGGUGCUCGUAUCGACAAAGGAGGCCAAGCGGCACCCCAUCAAGAACGUCGCGGGCCAGAUCUACACGACCCUACGGCACCUGCCGCCGCGCAUCCAGGCCAUCUGCUGGGCGCAGUUCUGGUCCUGGAUCGGCUGGUUCCCCUUUCUCUUCUACGGCACCACGUGGGUCGGCGAGACGUAUUUUCGGUACGACGUACCGCCCGAGGCGAAGCAGUCCAAGGAUGCCCUCGGAGACAUGGGCCGCAUCGGGAGCACCGCGCUCCUCGUCUACUCGGUCGUCACCUUUGUCGGCGCCUUUGCGCUGCCAUUGUUGGUCAAGUCUCCCGCCGACGAGGCUGCCAAGAUGUCGCACCCGUCGGUUGCCGUUGCCGGCGCCGGCGGGACGUGGCGUAAGAGGAGACCAGAUCUCGUCAUGACGUGGAUCGGCGGCCAGCUGCUGUUCGCCGCGGCCAUGUCGAUGGCGCCGCUGGCGAGAAGCUUUCGCUUCGCCACCAUUCUCCUCUGCCUUUGCGGACUCCCGUGGACGAUUGCCCUGUGGGCGCCGACCGCUCUUCUCGGCGUCGAGGUCAACAAGCUGAGCGGCGCCUCAUACCAGCGCCUCGACGAGGAGCCCGACAUUGAGCUUCCCACCGUUCACCCGAACGAUGCUGCCGAUUGUGCCGAGGAAGCGGAUGCGAGCGGCACGUCGACGACGGCCGAGUUGUCGGGAAUCUACUUUGGCAUCCUCAACAUCUACACGACACUGCCGCAAUUCGUGGGCACCUUCAUAGCCUCCAUCGUCUUCACCAUCCUCGAGCCCGGCAAGAGUCCCGAGCUGUCGGACGAUGCCCCCGCGGCGGACAAGGGAGCGUCGAGCGGCAAGACGAAUGCCAUUUCCGUCUGCCUGUUUAUCGGAGCCAUUUGUUCCGUGGUGGCGACGUUCGCAACGCGGAAGCUCCAUUACUUGUAG